GGAAAAGCUUCAUCUCCAUGUUGACUGACUCAUUCAAUUCCAACGUUUUGGUUCCUUUAUAUACUAAUUGAAGAGGUAGAAUUCAGUAUCGUUUUCAUUGAUUAAGAAAAUGGUUAGCCGUCUAAGCACAGGCAAGAGCUGGUACAAACAUUUCCAGUACGACGAAGGCAGAGACAAGCCUAGCGAUGUCCGGAACGUCAUGUUAAUAGUUGCAACCCUCAUAGCUGCCGUGACCUUCCAAGCUGGGGUCAGCCCUCCUGGUGGGGUGUGGCAAGAUAGCGAGCAUGGACAUGUUGCAGGCAGAGCUAUUUAUGCAUCUCAGGCACCAGCCUACUAUGUUUUCUUAAUUGCAAACACUCUGGCUCUUUCCGCCUCGAUACUUGUCAUCAUCUCUCUCACCUACAGGUUCCCUUUCCAUCUCGAAGUCAUCGUUGCCACAAUUUCGAUGAUGGUGACUUACGGUUCUGCAGUUUUCGCUGUCACUCCCCAUGAAUCCGUGAGGUUUCGGUACAUCAUGGCUGCAGCUGCUGUGCCUUUUGCAAUACGGUUUUUGAUUCAGCUCUUCAACAUAGUAUUCAGAAAAGGGUGAAAGAUCACCGGUGUUUUCCCUGGCGGGGACCCGAAUCACCUUCAGGCUUACUAGUUAUCAACAAAUAUCUAAGUGUAACCUAUGAGAGACUUAGUGAAUUGAUUUUGUUAGUUCAAAAUGCAAUUAACAACUGAAUUUUAUUAUAUUUUCGAGAUUUAUCGACUGUCUUGAAAA